AUGCGUAGCGGACUCGCACAAGUAAAUUUGGACCAGACGCUUAACGGAAUGGACAUGGUAUCUGCUAUCGAAGAAACUGCCCUCCCUGAUGAUGAUGACGACGAUAGUGAUGGUCAACACAACGCUGAAACUCCAGCUCCCCAAACCGAGAUAGCGGAGACAGUGGAAAAAUCGCCGCACACCGAACUCCACGAUCAUCACGAAUCGUCUGGCGUCGAAAUCAGCAUGUCCGUUGAGCCGCCACAUGAUACUGAAAAAGAAGAAGAAGAAGAAGAAGAGGUGCUGCCCGCCGCCGACGAUGCGAUGGACACCGAAGCGCCUUUUGACCCAAUGGAUCACUCGGCUCCUGAUGCGAUUUUCGACGAGGGCUCCGGUUUCGACCCGGAUGAGCUAAACGACAUUGCUUCUCCAUCCGGCAGCGCUUCACCAAACUCGUCCGUCCGUCACAGUAAGGAAGGCGUCGAUCAAGCCGUCGUCAAAGACGAACAAUUCAGCUUCGAACCGUUCAACCUGUCAGCCCGUGCCGAGGGAAACUCGUGCUUCGAGGUCUCGAUGAAGGGCAUUUUCCCGGAGCGCGAGCUUUCUGGUCUAAUGCACCAGCUUCUCGCCGAACGCACACUCCAGGUCGCCGAUUUCCCGGAGAUGGCAGCGCUGCUCAAUCAGGAUGACCUGGAAAAUGGUUUCGAUGAGCAAAACGACGAUAGGGAUGGUGAGCCGGAGAAGCCAGAGUCGGACGAUCACGGCUUCGACGACGAUUCGUUCGACGAUUGCCACGGCGAAAGUGGAGAUGUGCCCCUCAACGAGGCGAUCGAGGCCGCGCAGCGUGGAGAUUACAUACAGCAAUCGAUGAUCUCAGCCGCUGCUCAAACAAACCCAGUUGACCAAUCGCAACAGACGCCAACCGGUCCGACGCAACGCCAAUUCGCCGACCGUCUGAAGGGCAUCGCCUGCUCAGUUGAGGCGUGCCGCAAACAACGCACCAAGUUCAAGUCGGUCCGGCAGGUGCUUGAGCAUCUACUCGGCCGCCACGCGAAAUGCUCACUGCCCAAGAAAAUCCCCAAGAUUUGGAGGUGUGAAGCGUCGAAGCGCUGCCGUUUCACUUCUUUCUACCGCCAUAACCUGCUCGCCCACACCAGAACCCGUCACCCACAGGCUGGCACGAAAGUGGUUCCUACACGGGAGCAAUGGCACCCCUCCGCACUGCUGGCCGUCCGAGACGCCGCCCGCCACUACUUUCCCGCCAUCGAGAAUCGUGUGGAAAAGUACCUCGUCUGGAUGAUCAAGUCGGGCCAAGUGGACGUCGACCCCAACCACCCGCUGCCCUCA